AUGAGCGAAGAAAGAGAUAACUUCCCGUACUGGGACCAGACGCUACUUGUUGAUGAACGUGUAGAGGAUUUGAUCCAACGCAUGACAAUUGAGGAAAAAUGCGGAUUGAUGUUCCAGGACAUGAUUGUCAUGGGAGAAGACGGCGCUCUUGCCCCAGCACAACCCCAUCUCCACAUGAUCAGCAAUGAAGACAUAGUGCACCAACGAAAGAUGUCAUACUUCAAUCUCUUGGGUCCUGUCACCAAUGCACGAGCAGCUGCGAAGUGGCACAACAAUCUCCAACGAGUCGCACGAAGCACACGACUAGGAAUUCCCGUCACCCUAUCCACAGAUCCGCGCAACCAUUUCACCGACAACGUGGGCACGGGCUUCAAAGCCGGGAUCUUCUCCCAAUGGCCCGAGAGCUUAGGGUUCGCCGCAACUCGCUCUGCAGAUCUCGUGGAAAAAUUCGCCGACAUUGCCCGCCAGGAGUACCUAGCUAUCGGUCUACGUCUCGCCUUGCACCCCCAGGUUGAUCUGGCGACAGAGCCGCGCUGGUCUCGCAUUGGAGCCACAUUCGGCGAGGACUCAAGCCUUACCUCGGAGCUGCUCACGGCGUACAUCCGUGGAUUCCAAGGUGCCGCUCUUGGCUCGCAGUCGGUAUCGACGAUGACCAAGCACUUCCCUGGCGGUGGUGCCCAGAAGGACGGGGAGGAUCCUCACUUCCACUACGGCCGCGAGCAGGUGUAUCCUGGGGAUAACUGGGAGGGACAUCUUCAACCCUUCCGUGCCGCUAUUAAGGCAGGUACUGGACAAAUUAUGCCCUCCUACGGAAUGCCAGUCGGCACCAAGUACGAGGAGGUGGGCUUUGCAUUCAACAAGGAGAUCAUGACUGGUCUUCUUCGUGAAGAACUCGGCUUCCAAGGAAUCAUCUGCACAGAUUGGGCGGUCUUGACUGAUAAGAGCUUCUUUGGGGAGCCCAUGCCUGCGCGUGCUUGGGGAGUCGAGCAUCUGUCGCCUGAGGAACGCCUGGUGAAGGUUUUGGAUGCUGGGUGUGAUCAAAUGGGAGGCGAAUCUUGCCCCGAACUUCUGAGUGGCCUUGUCGCUGAUGGAAGAGUCUCUGUGGAGCGAAUCGAUGAAUCCGUCCGUCGACUACUCCGCGAGAAGUUUAUACUGGGACUAUUCGACUCUCCAUUUGUUGACGAGGAUGCCGCAGAGCAGAUUGUUGGUAAUGCCGAGUUCGUUAAGCUGGCCAAUGAGACGCAAAGGCGCAGCUAUACACUUCUCACAAAUCACCGGAGCGUCCUCCCUCUGACUGCCGACGCGGGUAAAAAGUUCUAUCUCGACGGAAUCUCCCCCGAAGUUGCUCAAGCGCGCGGCUUGAAUCUUGUUUCGGAUAUAGAAGACGCAGAUAUUGCUCUUGUGCGUUUGAAGGCGCCAUUUACGCCACGACCCGGUGCUUUUGAGUCUCUAUUCCAUGCUGGAUCUUUGGAAUAUACCGAAGAAGAAAAAGCCCGCCAGGCUAAGAUCUUUGAAGUUGUGCCCACUGUGAUUGUGGAUAUGUACGUUGAUCGACCCGCCGUUAUCCCGGAGAUUGUGCAAGGUGCAUCUGCCAUCUUUUUCAACUACGGUGCCACUGCAGACGCAUUUUUGGAUGUUGUUUUCGGAGUCUAUAAGCCGCAGGGCAAGCUUCCGUUUGAUCUUCCUUCAUCAACUGAAGCUGUGGAGCAGUCCAGAUCGGAUAUGCCAUAUGACACCAAAGAUCCGCUCUUCCGGUUCGGGCAUGGAUUAAGCUAUGAUUGA